GGAGAGCGAAGCAGGCGGGCGCAGUGGGGUUUCUGCCAGCCGCAGGACUUUAUUGAUCACCGUCGAAUCGGAUUAUGAAAAGUUAUAUUUGAUUUUCAGGCGUGGUUGGUUUUAUUCCCGGCAUGCAGAGCGUCUUACUGCGCAGCCUCCGCAGCGUCAGGGAGAAGCUGCUGUCAGACGGCAGCCGGAGGAGUAAAGAGCGCCCUGACGAGGAGGAGGAGGAGGAGGAAGGCAGGGCCCUUCUGGACCACCUGCCGGUGGACAUGCAGUUCCUCAUUAUGACCUACCUCCCUCCUGAAGACCUCUGCAGGCUGGGGGCCUGCAGUCGGUUCUGGAGGUCGAUGGUCCAGGAGCCUCUGCUCUGGAGGUUCUUCUUCAUGCGGGACGUGAACAGCUGGACCUCAGUGGACCAUUUAUCGAUGCCUAAGGAGGAGUUCCUGAGCGUGGCGGCGCCAGACGCACCGGAGCUGCAGAAACUGGACUUCAUGGCCGAGUACCUGCGCUGCUCUCCCGCGUGUCGGUGUCGGUAUCAGCAGCCGCGGCCGGCCCUGGAGGCAGUGGCGUUCUUCCUGCAGAACCUGGUGUCCGGCUCUGAGCCGCGCUUCGCCAUGUUCGGGCCAGGUUUGGAGCAGCUGGACGAUUCUCUGAUGACCACCAUGAUGCACUCUCCACACAUCCUGCCUGUAGCGGGGAUACCGCAGCGGCAGAUCGGCGGAAUCGGAUCCGGAAUCAGUUUUCUGUACAACAACCAACACAAAUUCAACAUCAUCACUUUAUAUUCCACCUACAGCUCAGAGCGAGAGCGGGCUCGUCUGGAGCAGCAGAGUGUGCGCAGUAAGCUGUUUGUCCUGCAGGGGGAGACGGAGAGCGGGCCCGUGUACUCUGUGGCUCCGCAGGUCCAGGAGGCGUGUCAGGCUGUAAACGGAUUCAUCUUCGUUUCCAACGCUCAGACGGACAAAGGCCGUAUAGAAGAGGCCGGUCAGGUCCGGGCAGUCCUGCAGCCCGUCUGGGGUCCGGCGUCGCGACCGCUGCUCGUUCUGUCCUGCGUGUCCAGAGAUGGAGUAGAGAGGACCCCCAGUGUUACUGUAGCCCAUCAACUACAGCUCCACCUGCUGGCCAACCCCUGGAUGGUCCAGGACGUAGUGUCAGAGUCUUUGGCUGGACUCCUGGACGGUAUCGGCUGGUUACUGAAACAGUCUGGACUGAGGCUGUAGGUCCAGAGGACAUCAGUAUAAUCAGAGGUUAUAUCAUUCCUGUGGGAUAUUAUUAUUAUUAGCAUUAUUAUUGUUAUUAUUAUUAUUACUGAUAUGUAACAGUGAGUUCAGUUACAUUCACUACAAUAAUUGAAGCAGUACUUAUUCUACACAUUUAACAAUACACUAUUAUUACUGAAAUGAAAAAACUGUUUACAUAAACAACGUUCAGUUUUCAUGAUGCUCUCAGAAUUGCCUUAAUGCAUUUUUUAUAUUUUUGUGAUGAUUUAAUUUUUACUUUUUGUGAAAUUCCUUUUGUAAAAUGAAUGGUUAAAUAUGGGAGAUGCUGUAUACAUGAAUUUAAGCACCUGGUGCUGAACAGUUUACUCUAAUAAAAACACAAUGACCUGACAAACGUGCAAAAUUUUAUUAUAUUA